UGGGAAUCCCAACAUCAUUCCUCACAGAGACAAGCACACCGCUGGCAGCCUGAAAGCAAGCAUGCAGAAAGCUGUGGUUCUACUUCCUCUGCUAGUCCUGGUGGGGACCUGGACCACCCAGGCGCUCCCCAUUGCCGUAGAACCUCUGUACCCCACCCAGGAGAACUUUGAUCUAACCAGGUUUUUGGGGACUUGGCACGAUGUUGCCGAGGCGACCACGUGCCCCCACAUUCAACACCACAGAAGCCAGUCGGCCAUCGGCAAGCUGCUGCUGCAGAGAGGAACCAGCAACGAUAAACUGGAAAUGUUUCGAACUAAACUCAAACAUGGAAGCUGUCAGGAGAGCAGUGGAGAAUAUCGCCUGACGGCAACACCAGGACGCUUCAACUAUUAUGUUGAGAAAUGGGCCACAGACGUGGACGCCUACGUGGUACACACCAAUUACGACGAGUACGCCAUCAUCAUCUCGGUCAAGGAGAAGCCGCCAGGCCAUAACGUCACCACAGUCAAGCUUUUCAGUAGAAGCAUGGAGGUGAGGGACACGGUGAUGGAUGACUUCAAGACGCUGGUCAGAGAGCAGGGCAUGACGGACGACACCAUUGUCAUUAAAAGCAACAAAGGUGACUGCAUCCCUGGCGAGAAGGUGGCAGCGCCCACAGUUGAGCUUGAGCUUCAGAGGGUGAAAAGGGACGUGGUGAUGGCUCUUGCAGACAUGGACGGUUCUGGUGACGACACGCUGAACUUCAACGACUCCGCGACGUGCACUUUACCAGCGGAGACGGGGCCGUGCUUCGGGAUGCACCAGCGUUUCUUCUACAACUCCUCCUCGCUGAGCUGCCAGCUCUUCAAGUACGGAGGAUGCUUGGGCAAUGGAAACAACUUCCAGACGGAGAAAGAGUGCCUGCAGAGAUGCCGCAUUGCAGCGGUGUGUCGGCUCCCCCUGGCGGCCGAGGCGUGCACGGGUCAGCCCCUCACCUGGUCCUUUGACUCCAACCUGGGAGUGUGCGUUCCCUACAAGGCCGGCUUCUGCCAGACCAACGGAAACAAGUUCUACAGCAAGUCCGAGUGCGAUGAGUACUGUGGCGCCGAAGAAGACGCUGCAAGCACCGCGUCCCCGACGGGAAGCACAUGAGCUUCUCCUCCAGUCCGAAUGUUGACUCAGAAGAGGGAAGAUGUGGAAGAAUAUCUCCACAAUAAAUCACAACACACA